UUAGUCCAAACUAUUUUCCAUUCAGUGUCAUCUGCAGGCUUCAGAUACACUGGAUUCGGAAAACCAUUACCAUAUUUCUUACUAAACUUGUUUGGUAGCUUCUGCAUGCCAAUGAAACAGUUCUUGGUUAACCAUAACUAACUUUUCCCUCCUUUCCUAACAGCAGCUUUGCUGAUUCAGCAACUGUUCUAACUAAUUAACCAACUAACUAACUAAUCCAUGGAACUGUUGUCUGUGUGAGUGUCAGCUACAACAAUAACAUCUAUGGCUUCCUCUACCUUCCAACAGAACCACCAUUCUCCUUUAACUGUGAUCCUUUUCUUCAAGAUUGUUCUCACAGAAAGGCUUCAGCAUGGAACUCUUGUGGAAGCUACCAAACAAGUUUAGUAAGAAGUAUGGUAAUGGUUUUCCGAAUCCAGUGUAUCUGAAGCCUGCAGAUGACACUGAAUGGAGAAUAGAUUGGACUAAUCAAGAUGGUGAGAUUCAGUUUGAAAAGGGCUGGAGAGAGUUUGCUGCAUAUUACUCUCUCGAAAAUGGCCAUUUGUUGUGGUUUGAGUACAACGGAACUUCUAAAAUGGAAGUACAAAUAUUCGACAUGAGUUGCCUUGAGAUAGAGUAUCCUUCCAAGGACCUCAUCAAUGAUGGUAACUUGGCUGGGAUCUUGAAUGAACAGCCGCAGCCAAAGGAAAAGGCGAAUGCAGCACCGAAGCCAUCAUCUCCUUCUAGAGGUAAAAGAGUGAAAUUUACUGUUGAAACUAUAGAUUUGGAAGAUAGUGAAGAAGAUAACCAAUUGGAUAGCCAAUCCGAAGAGACACAGCUUAAGAAAUUGCCAUAUGUGAAUGAUUUCUAUCCUGGGACCAGUGGGUUUCAUGCUCUGAAUGAAGCACUGAAAUUCAAAUCAGAAAAUCCCUUUUUCAUAGUCAAGGCAAGGCAAAGCAAUGUAUCAAGACCAACUGUUAAUUUCCAAGCUUCCUUUUUCAGAAAGUAUUCUGAAAAGGAGCAGAAUGUACAGAUAAGGUUUCAGAAGAUAUUGAUUCCUGCAAAGCUGCGCUGUUAUCCAUAUAAUUCUCAGGCCAUUAUCUCUUCCGGUUGGGGUCUUUUCGUUCGAACAAGUACACUACAACCUGGGGAUGUUACUAUUUUUGAGCUCAUCGAAAGAGAAGAUCCAGUGCUUGAUGUUCAUAUUUAUAGAGCCCAAGCUUUCCAGCCUCAGAGCUCUGGGAUUCAAUCUCAGAAAGAAGCUAAGAAGUCCAAAAGUCCAAAAGAAUCUAAGAACUCCGAGGCACAAAAUCCCUCUUUCGUGAUCAAGAUAACAGAAAGUGAUCUAUCAAAAUCAAGGGCUAAAGUGCCAGUUUCCUUCUUCAACAAGUAUUUCAAAAAGAAGGAGCCAUAUGUAGUGAUAAGAUUUGAUAGCAAGUUGUGGCCUGCAAAGUUGCUGUGUUAUCCGGGUAGUGCCUAUAUCUCCUGCGGUUGGCUGGAUUUCACUCUUGACAAUAAUUUAAAAGCUGGAGAUGUUUGUAUCCUUGAGCUCGUCAAUGGAAAAGAUGCAUUGCUCGAAUGUCGAAUUUAUAGAGCAGAUGGUUAAGUAACCUGGACUUCAGGGGCUAUUUAACCAAGAAAUUUUCUGAUAUUGUUUAGCUCCUUUUUUUGGAUGAACCUUCUACCAUAUCCAAUUUAAUUUUGUGUUUUGUUUAGUAUCCUUGUUGACAAUGUUGCUGUUUUGUGUGACCAAUAAUAAAAUGGUAUGUUUGGGAGAUAUGUCACUCAAAUUUUUAGUAGUGAGUAGUGACAGUAUGGGAAGUUUUCAGUAGUGAGUAGUGACACACACAAAAACUGCACAUUUUAUAUGUUUGUUUUAGUCAUUGUGAUCAUAAAUAAAUU